AUCGACUUCACCCAGAAGUCGUCGAGUUGCAGCCACAAAAACAGGUUUCCCCAUGCUAUCCUACCCUUUGCCGACCAGUCAAACCCGAUCACGCCUCUGUUGGAGGCCAUGACUCUAGCAAAACACGACACAUGAACGCUUGGGGCCCCCUCCUCGAUCCGGUAAUCAGCUCCUCAUCAUUGCUAUACAAGCUACGUCAUGGUGAGAGGAGCUCAUGCUGCCAUCAUAACCAAUCUAUGCUUCCCCCCAGUCCAAGUGUUAUCCCAUCUCGAACCCCAUCCUCAUAAAACUCCCCAACUGCCCCUCUUUACACUACAGCCUUCUUUUCCUCACACGUCUCUGACGGAAUUUUUAUGAGUACCCAUUCCUCCAUAUCCUCCAGUAGCUCUUACACCUACUACUCGUUUCCCCCGACACCCACCAGAUCCUCCCCGGGCUCUACUUCUAAUACUCCCACCCCAAAGCCUGCUAGUAGUCGAAGUUCCAAAGCUAUGCCAUCCCCUGCUGCUGGAAAGGGCAGUGACGCACCUCGCACCCCUACAAAGCUCGGUCGUAAGCCCCAGUCACAGGCCACGUCGAAGCUUGGCAAGGCUGGCGAGCAAGCGAAAUCUACGGCUGCCAAGGGCGGAUCGGAUCCGCCCAAGUUGCCAUCGAAGCCUGAGGCUGGCGAUGUAACGGAGAAGGCCGAAGACGUUUCGAGCAAGGCACAAGAAGUUCCGGAGAAAGCACAGGACGUCUCAGAGAAAGCACAAGACAUCCCAGACAAAGCACAAGAAGUCCCAGACGAGGCAAGUAAAGCCACCAGUGACACCGCCGACGAAACAACGGGCAAAGUCUCCCAAGCCGGAGAUGACGCCAAGGGCGCCCUAGAAGAAGUCGAGCCGAAGCCAAUCGAUGAAGACGAAGAAAAGGAAACCACAGAGAAUGUAGAAGAGACUGCCGACGACACCGCUGACGAUGCAACCGUGAAAGCUGGUGACACAGCCGACGAGACCGACGACACGCAGGAGGAAGCCGGCACCAAAGAUGGCGGUGCACAAAAGACCGGCUCGGGAGUCCUGAGUGGUGCCAAAGGCCUAGCUGGGCAGGCUUCAAAUCUUGCUGGAAAGUCGGCCAAGGAUCCGAAACAAGCGGCGGAAGAUCUACCAGAAGACGCACAAGAUGCUGCCGGAGAGACUGCUGAGGGUGCCAAAGACACGACAGGAGAGGUCGCGAAAGAUACCCAGGAUACUGCUGAAGAUGCUAAAGAUACUGCUGAGGAUACUGCCGAAGAUGCUAAAGACGCGGCUGAGGAUACCACCGAAGACGCCAAAGCCACUACUAAAGAUACCACCGAAGACGCUAAAGACACUGCGGAGGACACUGUAGAAGACACCAAGGACACUGCAGAAGAAACUGUAGAAGACGCCAAGGACACUGCAGAAGAAACUGCAGAAGACGCCAAGGACACUGCGGAAGAAACCAAAGACGGAGCCGGCGACACUGCAAGCGAUACCGUCAACGGCGUCAAAGACACCGCCGAGGACACCACCGGCCAAGACCUACCCGACAUCCCCGGUCUCGAGCUCCUCAAAGGCCUCUCCCCAGACGAGGACGGCCUAAUCAAGGACGCAAACGGCGACUACAUCGGCAAGCUCGCCGAAGGAGACGCAGAAGACCUCGUCGGCUACGAAAUCGGAGACGACGGCGAGAUCCUCGACGACGACGGCGACCUCGUCGGCCGCUGUGAAUUACUGCCUGAAAAGGUCCAAGCACUCAAGGACGAGGCUACGAGUGGCGCGGCGCCAAAGCUGCCCGGUUUGGAGAUUCUGAAAGGCUUCACUGUUGAUGCGACCGGGCUUGUUCUUAAUGAGGAUGGGGAUACCAUUGGCCAGCUUACUGAGGGCAAUCCUAGGGAAUUGAUGGGACGUGAGUUCAAUGAGAAGGGCGAGAUUCUCGAUGACGAUGGGAAUGUCAUCGGUCGUGCCCGUGUCCAUGAAGAAGCUGCCAACCUCGUUGAUGACGUCGAAGAUGGCGCGGAAGACGCUACUGAUGCUGCGGAUAAUGCUGCUGACGGCGUGAAAGACAAGGCUGUUGAUGGCGCAGAAGAGAAGGCUAAAGAUGCCGUUGACGGCGCCAAGGACACAUCCGAAGACGCCGAGGAAGCUGCCGAGGGUAUUGAAGAAGACCUCCCUGGUGUCGAAGCUCUCGAGGGCAAAGAGAUCAAUUCCGAGGGCGAGAUCCUCGACGAGUCAGGCGAGGUGAUCGGGAAGCUUGCCGAGGGCGACAUCGCAGACGUCAAGGGCCUUACCGUGAACGAGAAGGGCGAGGUCGUCGACGCCGAAGGCAACGUGCUCGGCAAAGUCGAACUCGCUGAAGGCGCAGCCGAGAAACUCAAGGAUGCCUCCAGCCUCAUCGACGUGCGCAUCCUCGAAGGCCUGAAGGUUAACAAGAAGGGCAAAGUGCUCGACGAAGAAGGAGAGGAGAUUGGCCACCUAACCGAAGGCGAGACCAAGGACGUCGCCGGCAAAACCAUCAACGACAAGGGCGAGAUCCUCGACAAGGAAGGAAAAGUCGUUGGCAAAGUCGAGAUUACCUCUGGCGAUGCCGCGAUCGAAGCCAUGACUGCUCUCAAGGAGCGUCUCGGUGAGACGGCGGAGCCUGAGCCUGAGCUUAAAGAAAUCACACCUGAGCUUGAUAUUCUUGAGGGGCUGAAGGUCAAUAAGAAGGGCCAGGUCCUGAAUGAGGAUGGAGAGCCGAUUGGCGAGUUGAUUGAAGGAGAGCUUGCGAAAUGUGCUGGUAAGAAAAUCAAUGAGAAGGGAGAGGUCGUCGAUAAGGAUGGGAAUGUUCUCGGCAAAGUCAAGACACUCCCGCAGGAGGUUGAGGUAUCUCCCGAAGACGCCACGGAGACUGCUGAAGGCGCCGUUGAAGGCACCGGAGAGGAAGCUGAGGGCGCUGCCGAGGACGCUCAGGCGACUGCUGAGGGAGCCGAAGGUGCAGCUGAAGAUGCCGAAGGCGCUGCCGAAGACGCUGAAGGCGCAGCGGAAGACGUUGCAGAAGACGUCGAAGACAACCUGCCCCCUCUCUCCGCACUCGAAGGCCUAACCGUCAACAAGGCCGGCAAGCUCAUCGACAGCAAAGGCACAGUCAUCGGCGAACUGACAGAAGGCGAUGCCAAAAAGCUGUUCAAGGCCGGCACCACAUGUGACGCAGAAGGUCAGUUCUGGGACACCAAAGGCCACGUUAUUGGUCGGGCCAAGACUGUCCCUGUCGAAGACCCCGACGAGGAUGCCCCGUUUGCUGGUCUCGAGGGCUUGAUUGUCGUCAAGGGAGGGCUGGUCGAAGACGAGAAUGGUAAUACUGUCGGACAGGUGACUGAGGGAGAUGCGAAGAAGCUUGUUGGCCGUGCUGUGGACGAAGAUGGUGACAUCAUCGACAAGAAGGGCUCUGUUAUCGGCCAUGCAGAGCGCUACGAGGAGCCGGAGGAAGUGCAAGAACAACCCGAAGAGGAAGCUCCCGCCGAUCUAUCUUCACUCGUAGGCAAGACAGUUAAUAAGCAGGGCAAUGUCAUUGGCGACGAAGGUGUACCAAUCGGACGUCUGGUCGAAGGGAACCCGAAAGAACUUGCUGGCAGGAAGAUUGACGAGCAGGGUCAAAUCUGGAACGACUCAGGAAAGGUGAUUGGUCGCGUAGAAUUGAUCCCGGAGACGGAGCGUGAAGCCAAGCCCGAAGGACCGUUCUCCGGCCUCGAAGGCCUCCGUGUCGUCGAGGGCGGGAAGAUUGCCGAUGAAGAUGGUAACGUGGUAGGCGAGAUCGUCGAAGGGAACGCCAAACGCCUGAUUGGUCUCUCCGUCGAUGAAGAUGGUGAUAUUGUCGACAAAUACGGCAACGUCAAGGGCCAUGCCGAACCUCUCCCUGAGGAAGAGGACGAAGCUCCAGUCGAUCUCUCCAUCUUGGAUAACAAGACCCUGAACAAGCAAGGCUUUGUCGUUGAUGAGAAUGGCAUUCCAUUUGGCCGUCUCGUCGAGGGCAAUGUCAAGGAGCUCGCUGGUCGCAAGUGUGAUGGCGAGGGUCAGAUCCACGGUGAUACUGGGAAGGUUGUCGGACGCUGCGAGCUCAUCCCCGAGAACGAACGCGUCUCCCGUCCCGAAGGCCCCUUUGCCGGUCUCGAGGGUCUUGUCGUCAACAAAGAAGGCAAGGUCGAAGACGAAAACGGCAACGUUGUUGGUGAAAUCACCGAAGGCAACGCCAAGAAGCUUGUUGGCCACAAGGUGGAUGAGGAUGGAGAUAUCAUCGACAAGCACGGCAAUGUCAAGGGACAUGCCGAGCCAUGGGAGGAAGAGGAACCAGAAGAGGAGGCUCCCGUAGACCUCUCUGCCCUAGCCGGUGCUAUCGUUAACAAGGCCGGAAACGUGGUCGACGCCAACGGGAAUAUUGUUGGAAAGAUCUCUGAAGGUGAUGUCAAGAACAUGAUUGGCAAGAAGGUCGAUGGAAAGGGCCAGAUCUGGGACAAUUCUGGCAACGUCAUCGGACAUGCUGAGCUCGCUGAGGGUGUGAAUCAAGGCCCUGAAGGCCCAUUUGCAGGCUUUGAGAGUCUCUCUGUCGCCAAGGAUGGAACCAUCGUAACAGCCGACGGCUCGAUCGUCGGACGCCUUGUCGAAGGUGACGCCAAAAAGCUCGUCGGAUACAAGGUCGACGAGGACGGCGAGAUCCUCGAUAAAAAGGGUAACUCGAUCGGCAAAGCCGAGCGCUGGGAACCGGAAGAGAAGCAGCGGAAGGUCAACCCCAUGUCCGGCCGCCGCGUCAACAAAGAGGGCGAAGUCCGGGACGAGGACGGAAACAUCCUGGGCCGCCUCACUGCCGGCGAUCUCGGACACUGUACCGGCUUCGAGAUCGACGAUAACGGAUACGUUGUUGACAACGACGGCAACAAGGUCGGCGAGGUCACUUUGCUGGAAAACAUCGUCGAAGAGGAACCCGAGGCGGACGAGACAGAAGAAGACAAAAAGAAGCGUGAGGACGCCGAGCUCGCCAACAAAAUGGGCAACAUCUGCCAGCAAACCCUCGAGCGCAUCCAGCCCGUCCUCAAACAAAUCACCGAUCACAUCGAAAAAGCCGACCGCACCCCACGCGAAGAACUCGACGAAGAAGAACUCGUCAACAACGUCAAGCCCCUCAUCGAAGAAGGCUCGCGCAUCCUGCAAGAAUGCAACGGCUCGCUACGCGGCCUCGACCCGGACGGCCGCAUCGCCGCGCAAGCCAAAGGCCGCUCCGGCACCCGCGAAGCCACCCCCGAGGAAUACCGGCUCGCAGACCUCCUCAAGGAACUCACGUCCAACGUCGUCACCACCAUCGACAACGCCAAGAAGAAGAUCCAGGACAUGCCGCAUGCGAAGAAGAAGCUGAAUCCGCUGUGGGGUCUGCUGUCCGAGCCGCUGUUCCAGAUCAUUGCUGCUGUGGGACUGUUGCUGACGGGUGUGUUGGGGUUGGUGGGCAGACUGCUGAAUGGGCUGGGCUUGGGCGGGCUGGUGAAUGGGCUGUUGGGGGGUUUAGGUAUCGGCAAGCUUCUGAGCGGUCUUGGGCUCGGGAGCGUGACGGACGCGCUUGGGGGUGGUAAGGACAAGAAGAAGAGUGGUGGUGGUGUGAGUAAUAUCCCGAUUGUGGGUGGGCUGCUUGGUGGUGGUGGAAAGUGAGGAAUAAUUCACUUUGGGUAAUAAGAGCUUGGGUGUAUGUUGGGUUUUCCUUCCAAAAAGUUGUAUAAUGUCUGUCUACCUGUGGCUUCUGUUUCGACUUGUAGUUGAUGGCUCUUUUGCUUUUGCUUUUCGCCUCACGACCUGCGACGCGGAUACUCUCUUUUGUUCAUCAUUUAUGUCCUUUGGCUCACAUACUUGUAUAUCUUUGGCGUUUGCUUGACGAUGCCGUCGAUGCGUGUACGACUCUAUAUUCUUCUGUUAUUUAGCAUAGCAUAUCAUUUCCACUUCACACAACCUGCUACUGAGUUGAAUUAUUCCGAGUGUAGAGUAUCUCGUAGUUCCUGGCUCCCUUCUUCACGAGGCUAUCCCUCUUACUAAUAAUAAUAUCAGGGGAGGAAGGUAUUGUAUGCUUCUUUGGGUACCUUUGAAUUCCCAACUGUAGUACACGGCUCCUCCUUAUAAAGUAUAU